AUGUCUUUGAAAAAAGUCUGUGAAACACGAUGGGAAUGCAGAAUAGAAAGCUUGAAAGCAGUCCGUUAUCAGAUGGCUGAGAUACAUGAGGCACUCUUGGACAUGGAAGAAAAUAUAGAUGAUCCAUCAUUAUCGUCGGAGGCAAAAUCACUUUCUUUAAUUUUGGAAGACUUUAGUUUUAUUCUUACUCUUAUUAUAUGGUAUGAUCUUCUCUUCCAAGUGAACAUUGUUAGCAAAUCUAUGCAAUAUGGGUCUAUUGAUCUGCCACUUUGCAACAACCUACUACAGGUCUGCAUUAGAUUUGUGAAAGAUUAUCGAAGUUCUGGCUACGUAUCCGCUAUGGUUACUGCUAAAGAAAUAGCUUCAGUUUUAGGGAUUGAGCCAAGAGUAAAGAUGCAUAAAAGGCAGAGAACCAAGAAAAGAAUGUUUGAGUAUGAGGGCCAUGAUGAGACUCCUCAAGAAGAUGAAGAUUGUUUCAGGGCAACAGUAUUUUACCCACUAAUUGACAACAUGACUACAUCACUUGAAAGGCGUUUUAGACAAUUGUCUAAGCACAACAAAACAUGGAGCUUUCUCUACAACAUCAAAAUGUUACCUGAAAAAGAAGAGCUGCUUAAAUUGUGCAAUGACUUGGAGCAUAUCCUGAACAAUAAUACUGAAUCUGAUAAUGAUGGUUUUCAGUUGUCUGAAGAACUAAAAUAUAUUCAGCCUACUAUUGUCAAAGACUCUGUCACACCCUUAGAAGUCCUGCAGCACAUUUCCCAAACUGAUACAGUAGGAUUAUUUCCAAAUGUGUGGGUCACACUAAGAAUCAUGCUUACCAUUCCAAUUACAGUUGCUAGUGGUGAAAGAAGCUUUAGUAAGCUAAAAUUGAUAAAGACCUAUUUACGAUCCACAAUGUCUGAGGAGAGGUUAUCAUCACUUGCUAUACUGUCAAUUGAGAACGAAAUGGUCGAAAGCAUAGAUUAUACUGCGGCAGUACAAUCUUUUGCUGCUGCGAAGUCUAGGAAAGUUUCAUUUGUGUAG